AUGACAAUCUAUCAACUGCGUCGUUUACAUGUCAGUCAAAGUUCGCAAUCGCUGUUACCAGAUGAUACGGUACUUUUGUACCAAACGACGAAAAUUGGGAGGAAUCCUGAUUUAGUUGACGUUGUCCUAAUUUCACAAGUGCAUAGUAAUAUGAUCUCAAGAGAACAUACAACAAUAUUUGUAAAAGCAAAACGUGAUCGUUAUGCAUGUUUUAUAAAAGAUCAUUCCCUUAAUGGCACUUAUGUCAAUGAUUUUAGGGUAUCAGGUGAAGCUGAGUUGCAGCAGGGUGAUGUAAUCAAAUUUGGACAUGUAAAUGGUGCAGCUAUUAAACCCGGUUGCUAUGGACCGCAGACUUCUGCAGAAUUUACAUUUGUUUUUGAAGAAGCGCCAGCUCAUCGAUUGAAUGAUCGUAGACGUCCUAUAACAAUUAUGGGCAAUGCACGACAGGAUUUAUCCCAGAUGUUUGUUGGUGAUGGAAAGAAUUUGCAUACAGCAACAUCUCGAUUACCUUUGGCUAAUCCAGCAAUGGAAUUGGCCACUUCAUGGCAGAAUCCGGCUACAGCUAGUGCUGCAGCAGCAGCUCCGUUUUAUAAUUUGCAAAGGUUUCCUGGUUAUUAUCAAGCAGCUUUUCCUCAGCUCAGUUCCGCAUAUUUACACUCAUUGUGGCCUCAAAAUCCUUGGCCAUCGCAAUCAUCCACAGCUGCUCAGCAUUUUCAGCAUCAUCAACUAGAACAACAGAAACAAGUAGAAGCUGUUGCAGCUACUGCUGCCCAGUAUGGUCAAUUGACCAAUGCGGCAUGGAUGGGUGCAAAUGCGCAAAUUACUGCUGACAGUUCAUCUUUUAUGGGAACAACUGGUGAUAAUCGACUGCGUGCUGUUGUAUCAGAGAGAGUAUCUUCGCCAAGGAUAACUUCGAACAUUACAUUUCAAAUGGCGGCUUCUGCUGCUGUUACAGGUUCAUGCUCUCAGCGAUCGACAACCACAAUUGCGCCAAUCAUUGAUCAAUCAGCUGGAGUUGUUAACCAAAAUAUCAAUGCACAGAGCAAUCAAUUAUUACAGUCUUUAGCGCAUCAUGCACCGGCAUCACGUUCAGCUAGAGUUCCAGCUUCUGCUACAGGAAACAUUCCGACCACUCGAAAUAGUGGUACAACAGCUACACGUCAACAUCAUUAUUCAACAAAUUCUCGAAUAAUCGAUGCACAAAGGAUUUCAAGAUUAACGACAGAUUGUUCUUCGGCUCAGGUAAUUGCUACUCCAUCAGCUAUUGAUUGUGUAAAACGUAUGGAAUGUGAUAGUUCGGUGCCAAGUCCACCAAAAAAUCAACAACAACAAACAGCAGCAGCUAUGUUUGGUGCUGCUGUAUCAACCGUUGGUAUUCAACGAGCAGCAACAACAACAGCAGCAGCAGUAUCAUCCCAACUAUCACAAUCAUCAGUAACAGCUAUUCAUGCUCCAACUCAAGUUCAGGCUCAAACUGCAACCCAAAUUCAGGCGCAAACUGCAACGCAAGUUCAAGGUCCAACUCUAACAAAAUCAACAGCAACGGCAGUACCAGGUAGCGAACGAAGGUUUAAUAAUAAUAGAAUUUCUGCUGCAAUAAGUACCUGUAGUGGUAUUUUCACAGUUUCAAAUGUCGCACCAACUUCCAUGACCGCUAUGAACAUGGGUGCAGUAACUUCAACAGCAGCUGGAUCUGUACCAUCUACUGCACUUUCUCAAAUGCCGGUGUCACCUGUAGCAUCUUCAGUUAUGACACAAGAAAAACCCAUGGAAGUAUUACAAAGAGAAAAUGCUGAACGGAAUAGUCGAUUGUCUGGUUUGGAAGAGUUAACGGAAGAUUUGUUAGAAGAUUGUGGCCCACCAAGGCGUGUAUCUACACCAGCAUCCAGUUCUUCUGAAUUACCCACUGCAUCAACCGUUAAGCAAGACAUUCUUACUGCAGAGGAACCAAAGCUAUCUGAAACACUAUGUUCACCACCCCAUCAAUCACCAAAAAGACGUGGGCAUGGUCAUUCGGAUUCAUCCUGUUCACCCACUCAAACACCUGUUGUAUUGGAACAAAAAGUUGCACCGAAAAGACGACGCAAAAAUAAUGAGGUAGCUAUGUUAUUGAAUGAUUUAACUGAAGUGGCAUGGCAUCAUCUUGCAAGGAAGAGUACUAACAAAAUCACAAUGCCAACACAAACAAGGAAGGUAUACACACAUGAUGAAGAUGAUGAUAUUGGUAAUAGAAGCUGUAAAAGUGAUUCAAGUGGCUCAGAAAAACCUGCAAAAAAGAAGCAACAACAAAAGAAUAUUACGAAAGCAAAGAACGCUUCGUUAACAAAAAGCGUAACUUCUUCGAAAGCAAUUGAUUCUGAUAGUGGUAUUGGACGGAAACGUGGUCGACCAAAAAAAGAUUAUCUCAGUUCGGAAAAUAUAACCACUACAAAGAAGAAAGUAACAGUAAAAAAGAAGAAAAAGAAGUCUUCUAGUAGCGAUAACAGUAGUUCUGAUUCUGAAAAUGAUAAAAAAGAAAGGAGAAAAGAUUUAAAGAAACUACAUACUCUACCAAAAGAUCAACCAGGUAUAUCAGCAGCUGAAAAGAUCGAAAGAGCUCUUAAUAUGAUGAAGAAGAGACAGUCAUUACCAGAGUUUGAUAAUGAAAGUAGCAAUUCAUCAUUUAUGAGUUCUUCAUCAUCUUCUCCAAUCCGAAGAACGUGGGGUGCCACAUCACAACGCAAAAUUGGACACACUUCCGGUGAUGGUGGUGGUGUAAGCAAGAAAAAAAUGAAUAAAACAAAUCGUCAAUCACGUUCAUUAAGCAAAAUACGGAAGCAAUCACAUAAAGGAAUUGCUACCUCUUCUGCAAAUAUUCGAAAGAAAGGACGUAAAAAGAAAAAGCGAUCAUCAUCCAGCGAAAGUGAAUUGUCAUUGGAAACGAGUAGUGUUGAGUGGGAAAAGAUGAAACCAGUGGUUACUCCAUUACCAGCAGCACAUGCUCCAAUAGUAUUUGAUGAAUGGACAUAUCAUGAUCCAGAAAAACAGUGUGAUGCUAGGUCGGGUUGUAAAAAACCACAAAGUGAAAGUGUUGUUUGGGUGCAAUGUGAUUAUUGCUGCCGAUGGUAUCAUAUGGAAUGUGUAACAGAACAUGGUGUAACAGUUGGUAAUUCUGAUGAUUUCAAUUGUGGUUGUAGGGAAUUAAACAAAACAAGCUGA